AGUCACUGUGGGAUUAAAGGGAACGAGAAAGCCGAUCAGCUUGCCAAAGAAGCUAUAAAGGAUGGAGACUUAGUCCCAUACAUUAAUUAUUGUCAUGAUUUGACUGCUCUUCCCAAAACCUAUCUUUGGGAGUCAUGGAAUGAUGUUUGGUUGAGAAGCAGCAAGUUCAAAGGCAAACUUUAUGCUGAAAUUCAACCCUCGAUCUCCAGUAAACCAUGGUUCUUUAAAGCUAAAAGUUCUAAAAUUGUCACUUCUAUCAUUUCCAGAAUGCGUUUAGGACAUGUAUGUACACCUCAUCAUUUAGCAAGGCUUCGUAUUGUUGAUAGCAAUAUUUGUGAGUGUGGAGAAGAUAUUGGUGAUCUCGACCAUAUUUUCUUUUCUUGUUCCCAAUAUGACCGCACCUCCUUUAUGAAUUCCUUACAAUUACUACAGGUUCCGUUUCCGACUAAAAUCUCCUGCCUUUUGCUUUAUCCUUUAUUGUAUUUUAAUGUAUUAUCCUCUUUCAUAAUCAAUAAUAAUAUUAAGAUUUAAUAUAUUUAAUUUAUUUUUAUUAAUUUAUUUCCAUAUCUUGUUUUUAACUAGCUUAUCCUUUUGUUUCCUUUUGACGACUUUGUCGCGUGUAGUUUCCCUACCUUUCACUUGAAACUGGCAUAAAGUUAAAACUAUUGCCAUUAAUGAAAAAAAAAAAAAAAAAAAAAAAAAAGUACUGUUUUCGUCAAAGCUAGGAAUUCGAAAAGACCUGAUAUCAUUGGUCCAUUUGUAACUAAAAUAAUACUGACCAAUCAAAACACAUAUACGAAUGUAAACAUCAUGUGACAUUUUUUGAAGACCAACGAAACAGUACUGAGAAAACAAAAUAUCGAUUGAAAAUAAAAAGCUACAUAGAACCUGAAAAUUUUUGUCGUUCUCAUGCAAUUUAAUAAAUAAACACCUUAGCAGCCAUUGCGUUGGUUUCAUUACAGUUUUGCCGCUAAAGUAAGUAGCAGAACAACUUAUCAAGAUUUAAAAGACAACAAAGAAAAUGCUACAGUGGCCGUAUUACAACGAUCAAGACGCACGCAAAAGACAAAUAGACACUUUAAAAGUCUUCAACGAAAAUGUCGUUGAGAUCAAAGAAAGUUCAGAGUAUCGUAUAGAUUUUACUGUUAAUCAGAAAAACAUGUGCCUAAACGUGAUACUAAGUCCAGAUUUUCCUAACGAGAAGCCUUCUAUAUUUGUCAAUCCACCGGUACUCCAUCCGUGGGUCGCCGAAAACUCAAACCAAAUCGUAGGAGCUCCGGGACUCUUGAAUUUCACGAUACACUCGGACCUGGGCCGCGUGGUACAAGCCAUAAUACGUGAAUUCCAGAAAUCUGUCUUAAACAUAACUGUAGAAGUAAGCUCGAGAUCAAGUGAGGCGAGUCCUCGGUCCACAGUCAGUGCUCAGUCAAUGCUGUUUCCGGAACUUAAUAAUUUCACCAUAGAGGAGUUAAGAGAGAUAUUAGAAAAUACAGAUUUGCAGGAUAAACUUCUUGAGAAUAACCCGCAGCUGAUCGAAUUAGAUUUAGAGACGGAAGAGCUGAUGAGCAGCAUUGAGGAAGUGGCCCAGGAGAAUAUAGCGAAACAGCAAACCCUGGAUGACAUGAAGACUGAAGUUAUAGAAAUAAUAUCUAGUAUAGUACAGAUGAAGAUGAACUACGAAGAAUUGAACAAGAAACAUCAGAAACUAUGCGAGGUUUAUGAUCCUCACUGCAUCAGGAAUUGUCUUAGGGAGGCCGCGCUGAAAGCCGACGAGGAUGCUGAUGCGAUAGCUGAACAGUUUUUACUAGGUAACAUUCCAGUGGAGACAUUCAUAUCAAAGUUCUCCGAGAAACGUGCCCUCGGUCAAGCCAGGAGGGCGAGGGAGGAAAGACUGGCCUACCAAUUGGCGCAGCUGGACCAAACCAGGACAUAAUUGGGCCUAGAACACAGCCAGCACGAACGUUAUGAAGUUCAAUAGAUCCGUCUCAACUUUUUAUCGUUGAAAAUUAAAAAUCCAGCGCCAUCUAUUGGUGGAAUUGAGUAUAUUCGUUGGUAUAACUUAUAAGAAUUAUACUAAACAUAUAGCGCCAUCUAUUGGUAAAAUUGAAUAUAUUCGUUAAAUAAUAUAAAAUUAUAUUAAUCGUAUAGCGCCAUCUAUUGGUGGAAUUGGAUAUGUUGAUAUAACGUUAAAAUUUUAAUUAAAUAAGUAGCUCUAUCUAUUGGUAAUAUUUAUAACAAUUACAAAAUCUAAUUUCAACGAAAAGCAUAAAGUUAGUGUAGUCAGUCAUUAUUUAAACGCUUAUAAGACUUUACUAUCAUUGACUUUACUAAUCUGAACGUGUUUUCAGAGAUAUUGUACUUAUUCUGUAGGUUUUUUUUUUAUUUAUUUAUAAGAACUUGUGACAUAUGACUUUAGAUAUUUUUGAGGCGACGGCUCCGCUUGCAUAAUGCCACUGAUGAUAAUUUCACUUUGUAAAAUCAUGAAGAUCUCAAAUAAUUUUUAAAAAUUAAACUAAAGUGAAUAUCGGAGAAAUGUAUUUCGAUAAGUUUCUUAAAUUUGUACUUAUUUUCAUUACGAAAAAAUUCAUAUUUAAAUCUCAACUCUUUAAUUUUAAUUCAACGUCCAAUAUCCGUAUAUAUUAGAGUCGUCGUGGCCUAAAGGAUAAAACGUCCGGUGCAUUCGUUUGUAGCGAUGCACCGGUGUUCCAAUCCCGCAGGCGGGUACCAAUUUUUCUAAUGAAAUACGUACUCAACAAAUGUUCACUUCCACGGUGAAGGAAUAACAUCGUGUAAUAAAAACCAAACCCGCAAAAUUAUAAUUUGCGUAAUUACUGGUGGUAGGAACUCUUGUGAGUCCGCACGGGUAGGUACCACCGCCCUGCCUAUUUCUGCGGUGAAGCAGUAAUGCGUUUCGGUUUGAAGGGCGGGACAGCCGUUGUAACUACACUGAGUCCUUAGAACUUAUAUCUCUAAAUUAUAACUGUAGUUAACUUAAAACAGUUAACGAACACUAAAAUUCUCAAUUCACUUCUUCCGCUUCGCUUCAGGUGAUACGUUCGCUGUUUCGCUUCGAGUAGAUCCGAUUACUGACUGCUUCGUGCCAACUCUGCAACGCUUUUAUAGUCGAUACGACAUCCCUAGAUUUAUCGAGAACAUUCUGGGCAAGUCGAGUAGCUUCGAUGUGUGUUUCUGUUAUCUGACAAUAGGUUACGUUGUGCUUCUGGAACGUUCCUGAUAUUACUAGUUCCUUUGAUAUUCGUUUCGGCUAUUCGGCGAUAGGUGGCGUUACUCUUACCGGCGUAACACUGUUAUGCAUAAAAAAUAAGCAGUAAAAUUUCGGUAAUUCCCAUACAUUGUGUGUUCAUAGUGCAUAAUGUAAUUAUCUAAAUAUUUUUAAACAUAAAUCUCGUUAUCGUGUUGUAGAAGUACCGUAUUACAUUUAAGAGGGUUUUGAGGAUUUUUAAUACGCUUUUAUUAGCUUCAGACGUAUGUAUGUUAGUAUGUAACAGAAUCUUUGAACAUGAUUUUGAAAUUUGGUAUACCUACUUAUUAAGGACCGAUGACAAUUCAGUGUGAAAAAAAAUUUUGAAAAAUUCAAAUACAACUAAAAAAUAAAAAUAAAAAGUUUAAAAAAACUAACAAAAUAUGCUUUUCAGGAUAUUACAAAAAUAACCCUUCUACUCAUAUCUGUUCAUAAAAUAUAACUACUGAUACCAUGCACCCAACGCUUUUUUUACAAUAAAAUAAUUUUUUCUUACACUAUUUUUAACUCAAAUUUAUUAAAAUUUCUAUUUUUUAGUUGAAUUUUCUAUAAAAGCGUAUUUUGUUAGUUUUUUUUUAAAUUAUUAUUUAUUUCUUUUCGUAUUAAAAUGGAACCGCGUUGUACCUUGCUAUAGGAGGGUUGGCUGUAUUUAAUUUUGUUAUCCGGUCGUAAUUACGAUGCAUGAUUAAUGUUACCGGUUAGUUAAUUUAUUUUUAGUAAUUAAAAUCUAGUGAUGUUAUUUGUAUUAUUUGUAUGUCAUGUCUAAAAUUAUCACCUAAAAUUAAAUAUUAUGAAAAAAUAAAGUUAUCCGUAA